AGUACUUACAAUACAUUAAACACCUCAAUCCAAGCCCGUAGCACUAUGAAUCCAAUUUGUAGGAUUGAUAUUAAUCGGCCCGAGUGCCAGAAAUGGAUGGAUGAUGUGUACAAGAAAUGUCGCGAGAUCUUCAGCAGGGAAGUGGCCGCAUCAGCCUGGUGGCAUGACGCAACGCCCGCCAUAUACAAAGCGGAUAUACAUGCCAUGACCGCCUUGGAUUGUCACAAGCUGAAGCGUGAUCUGGCCAAAGAAGUGGCUGCCACAGGCGCUGGAUCGCCGCAAGGCGCUGUCUUUCUUUGGUGGCACAAGGUGCUGCUAGUUGUGGCAUAUUUUGUGGUCUUUGGUGCGUUUAUCUUCCUCUAUCGGUGGGUCGAUGCCAGCUGCCGUUCUGUGAAGAUUGAAGAACUGCCCAAAGCCCAAAGCCAACCGGAGGAGGCGCCACCAUCUCCUAAGGAGUCGCCAAAGCAGAAAAGGAAUAAGAGAACGGUAAAGGGUUGGUUUCGUCGCCAGUGUCGCCACCUGUUUGUCCACAGCGAGGCGGAGUUGCGGCGCCAGAAGGCCAAGCGGGCGAGGGAGGAAAAAGUGCACGAGGAGCACACGCAGCGUAAGAUCGAGAAGUGGACACAUGCCCGGGAGCGGGAGGAGCAGAAAAGGAGGGACAGGGAGGAAAGAAAGAAAUGACCAACGUCCUGAAGCACACGACACACACCACACCGCACGCAUAGCUUUAAUCUGUUCCGAUCAAUACAAUCGUUUCUAUUUGGCACUGGACAGCUUCAUCUUUUUGCGCUUGUUUUGCUCACGUUCCAGCCACAUAUCCUCCCGAUCCUCCUUUCUGCCCAGCCGCAUGCUGGCGCGCUCCUCUUUCUGCACUUGAUCAAAGUUGGCGUCCAUGUGGCGCAAGUCCAUGUCCGUCUCGUCCGAGAAGCGACGCUUGUCAUAGCCAAAGAUUCGCCGGAUGUGCGAUGACACCAGCUUGGAGCUAAUUUCCUCUUCUUCCUCGACAAUAAAGUCCCGCAUCUCCUCCAACUCGUCCUCAUCCUCCGAUAAGUUGUGCUGCUCUUUAACGCGCUUAGGUUCAGUCUUUUUGCGCAGAUAUUUUGCGGGACCUGGCAUCGGCAGUGUGUGGUUAAUGGAUCCGAAAAGUUGAGAUAUAUCUGCAUAAUCCUUACCAUAGUAGCCAAACUUCUCACGUUUCUUCACCUGCUCCAUUCGGCUCCAUUCCCUGCGUUCGCGUUCGGCGACUUCACGCUUCUGCUUGCUGGUCAUCAGGCGACUCAUUUUGAUAAAAAUAAAAACGGAAGGGUACGAACACAAAACUAAAAACUAAACUAACAAUUAUAA